AUGAUGGACGAGACGGGGGAGGAGGAGGAGGAAGCCUGGCUGCAGCUUCGGCCCGUGGAGCCCUUGCCCUCCCAGUGCUGUGGCAGUGGCUGCUCACCUUGUGUGUUUGAUCUCUAUCACCGAGAGCUGGCGAGGUGGGAGGCAGCGCGAGCCAGCAAAGACAGGAGCCUGCUGAGUGGAGAGGAGUCACAGAGCUGCCCUUCCAAGCUGAACCCAGAGACCUUCCUGGCCUUCCGCAUCAGUGCCGUGGACAGACUCACCAAGGACACUUACCGUAUUCGGUUUGCACUACCCAGGAACAGCCAGCUCGGCCUGCGGCCUGGACAGCACCUCAUCCUACGAGGGAAAGUGGAUGACUUAGAAAUUCAGAGAGCCUAUACGCCCAUCAGCCCUGCCAACGCGGAAGGAUACUUUGAAGUUUUAAUCAAGUGCUACCAGACUGGGCUGAUGUCCCGGUACGUCGAGUCCUGGAGCGCAGGAGACACCGCUUUCUGGCGAGGUCCAUUUGGAGACUUCUUCUAUAAACCAAACCAGUACGGUGAGCUCCUCAUGCUGGCUUCGGGCACUGGCCUGGCCCCCAUGGUGCCUGUCCUGCAAAGCAUAACAGACAAUGCAGAGGAUGAGACCUUUGUCACCCUGGUUGGCUGCUUCAAGACGUUUGAGGGCAUCUACCUGAAAACCUUCCUCCAGGAGCAAGCUCGUUUCUGGAAUGUCCGUACCUUCUUUGUACUCAGCCAGGAGAACUCUCCGGAGCAGCUUCCCUGGAGUUACCGGGAGAAGACCCGCUUUGGCCGCCUGGCCCAGGACCUGAUUGAAGAGCUGGUUGGCUCCUGUCGGAGAAAGCCGUUUGCAUUGGUCUGUGGCUCAGCGGAGUUUACCAAGGACAUGGCCAGGUACCUGCUGUGCGCAGGCCUGGGCGAGGACUCCUGCUUCCUCUUCUAG